AUGAUCAAGCUUGCGCGGUUCAUGGUGGUGCAGAAGGCACUGUGGUUGGAUCCCCAUGUGGGGGACAUUAUUCAGAUGUGGCAGGCACAGGCUAGCACGGCGAAUGGCACAGUGAAUGGCACAGUGAAUGGCACAGUGAAUGGCACAGUGAAUGGCACAGUGAAUGGCACAGUGAAUGGCACAGUGAAUGGCACAGUGAAUGGCACAGUGAAUGGCACAGUGAAUGGCACUCCGAAUGGCACAGUGAAUGGCAUGGUGAAUGGCACUCCGAAUGGCACUCCGAAUGGCACUCCAAAUGGCACACCGGCUAGCCCAAUAGCAUGGCCGUUGGCCAGUGCAGAUGCCCAACUGGCCGAUAUCGAUGAGGGCUGUGAUAGUGCCAGUCCCACACGCUCCACCCCCACCACGGUGCACGAUCGCCCGUCAUUUCAUGACCAUGUGCAGCAGAUGGUCAGCCGCUUCAUGAUCCGUGGCACCCAUGGGCCCAUGCAGACAUUGCUCGACUGGCGCACAUAUGGGUUGAAGAUCCAUUACAAUAGCACGGCGCCGGGCCAUGUGGCGUGGAUGGGAGCCGAUGAGCUGUUGUACAAGGAUCUGCAUUUCACGAUGGGUGAAUUCCGUGGGUUCAUCCACAGGCUGGUUGGGGCCACACGGGAGCUGCUGUGUGAACUAUUAUGUAUUGCCGAUGGUUCCAGCAGCGCCCACACCCCAAGCACCAUGCCGCUGCCCGCCAUCCCGUGGCAGGGCUUGUAUGAUGAUCCCACCCAGGGGCACCCGGGCUGGAACUUUUGCAUGAUCGCCGGACCCGGUGGCCCGUGGAUGGCCGGUGGUGGAUGA